AUGCCCAAGAAGCACCACCCUACAUAUGCAUCGAUCAAACCAACAUACGUCCACCCAUCUCUCCAGAGCUCGCGCAACGCAGCUUCGUCUUCGACGCCAUCUCCGCAAACCGUGAACGAUCGUAUACAGCAGCUGCGACGCGAACAAGCACCGCGCGCAACCGCACAACGUAGAGAUGAAGUCACAGAAGUGCGUCUACCACCGCCACGAAGUCUUAUCCACCAUUGUCUGCGAACUUUCGCACUGCAUUGGGAAGAAGUUUCUGUGUAUGAGCAACAUUAUCUUCCUGCGCUACCCGUAGCUUUGAAGGAGGCCCUGCUCAGCUACCUCUCACUAUACGGAGAGCGAUCAUGCAUGGACUUCAAAUCGUUCAAGAUCCUUUUCCAGAACGAUCAAGAGGUAGAAGGCGCCUCAGGAUCAGAGGAUGUACAAUUUCUGGAUCUCACAGGGUUGCUGAAUGCAGGAUACACACCGAAAGACUUGGAAAAGUCACUUUCGCGAUCAAGCCUAGGUGCUGUUGCAACAAGCAGCAUGGCCGACCUCUCCCUUUCCGCAGCAAAACAGCAAUCCAAAGCAGCCAUCGACGUCGCCGACUCCUGGGAAGACGAAGCAGACGACGGCCUACCGCUCGUCCUUCCUGCAACCCUCACCGUCCCCAUCUUCCCCAACCUUACCCGCCUCUCCCUCGCCCAUCCCGGAACAGCUGCCUCCUGGACCGACCUCCUCUCGCUCUCGACACAUCUGAAGACCCUCACCCACCUCUCGUUAGCGUACUGGCCGCGACCAAGCACGACCCCCAACGCAGCGACAACGUCCAUGGUCGCGCGGCACGCGACCGUCUCCCUCGGCGGCUCACACUUCUACUCCGAUCUCGACGACGACUGGCACGAGGCAGCCAAAAUCCUGCGCCGCCUCUCGCUCAACACGUACUGCCUCAAGUGGCUCGAUCUCGAGGGUUGCACUUGGCUCAAGGCGCUGAAGUGGGACUUACCCUCCAACGCAACGCCCUACACGAGCGCAGCUGUCAUGUCGGGCAACGACGAGUGGGUGCGUCCUUCGUCCUCGCCCGGCCCAGACUGGAACGGCGCGUGGCGCCAGAUCGAGUAUCUCAAUCUGUUCCAGGGCUGGAUACCCAGCGACACGAAGAGUCUGCAGAAUAUGCCCGCUGGGAUUGUGCCUGCGCAGCUGAUGCGCUGGCUACGAGAAUACGGGAGGAAGGAGGGCGUACAGGAUUUGCUUGGGGACGAGGGCACGCAUGGGGCUGUAGAGUGGGUGGAGAAGGAGAAGGUUGCGCGGAGUGUGGGGUUCGCGGUGCAGAGUCUAAGGAAGGCGGGUGGGGGGCAGUAUUGCCGUGUGGAAUAUGGAUGGGGCGGAGAAAUGUAG